AUGUGGAAAGUGACUAGAAGAAUGGUCGGAAACGUCUAUAUCGGAGCAAACGUCCGUCAGAGAGCUCAACUCGGAGAGAAUUAUCUGGAAGGAACUGAUGUGAUUGCAGUGAAUGGACACAAACAAAUAGGACUAGUUGCUCAGAUACUUAAAGAUCAUGGGGCGAAUGUGACAGAGUUUCGAUAUGAUUUGAGACAUUUGGAAGAGAUUUCUAGGAGAAUUCGACAAGCAGACAUUCUACUCGACGGUGUCCAACAAGGUGGAGAAAUCGAGGAGGCAUCGGCUUCGAACUCCAGGUUGAUUGUUGCAGAGUGUGAUUGUGAGGACCCGUUCUCUUCCAUGUCCGCUGUCGCCCGUAUCUCAAUGGCUCUAGCCGCCCGUGAGCGGUCUGGACACGGUCAACGACUAAUUGCAUCCGAUUGUUUAGAUUAUUGGAGGAGUUUGAAUAGAUACGGAAGACAAUGA